CGAGAUUUCGCGAAAUAUCUUUGUCCCUUUCCCACCAGCGUCAGCUGACCUGAAAAGACGCUCAUGCGGUGCAGCUCCUGUUGAGCUUAAGCAUUCUAGUUAUGCCUCACUCUCAUUUGCUUUUGCUAUGGCCACUUUGGGGCUGGCAUUUGGCCUUUCUGGCCCUGAUCAGUUGGCAACGCUCUGUUGAGUGAUCGGCCGUUAGUUGACUUGCCUGCGGAGCUCUGGUCCAGUCCAGUGAGAAAACCUGAGCCCCCUCCCCCUGUUCGACCGGACGCCGUGAACCGCCCUACCUAUUUCAUGCCUGCCAUUGGUGGGCGCCCCCAUCAGCAUCAUCAGGCCCAGGCGCAUUUAUCCCACUCACGGACCCAGCCCUCGGUCGGUCAGUAGUAGUCGUCUUCCUCGUUGGUCCCUGCCGCCCUCACCAUGAUGUAUCGCUUGGUCUCCGUCCUCAUGCUACCGUCCUACGACUUAGUGCACCUGCCCGACUGUCACACGGGACACCUCAUGUCGCAGCUCAAAGACAGGAUCCGGGUGAAGCUGGGCGUCCCCCAGACGUCGAGAUCAAGCUGGGAUAUGCUGCUGGGCUCGGGAACAUCGUCUCCGUCAGCGACGAUGACACGGUCGAGCACGUCGUCCAGGAGGUUGUUGAGCACACAAUCCAAACUGAGGAGGAGGGCACCCGUUGGGGCUUCGGCUCCUGGGCUCUUUGGGCGAGGCUGCCGCUGCGGCGUAGGAUCCUGGAUCGAAGAGUCGCUCAGACGAUGCCGACAACAAGAGGGGGAAGAAGAAGGCCAAGAUGCCGCCAUUCGCUUACUUCCACGUCGACAAGAUCAAGAAGUAAUACGGGUACAUUGUCAGAAGUCAAAUUGUUGUACAAAUGCGCUUAAUGCGUUUCCCAGCGAAUAAAUCAUGGACUUUUUUAA